AACUCAUAUAAGAUGGGUGCAAAUUUACGUUUUAGCCAUCACUCCUAUGCCCUCCGCUGCAGGCUACUCUCCCGUCUCCAGCACGGGAAACGCCGGCAAUCAAGUAUCCAUACGUACUAACGGCGGCGCUGCCCGAUCCCUCUCCUCUUUCGGAACCACCUGCACCCCUACGGCUCUCGCCAUCCCAAGCCCCUCCCCCCUUUCUAAGCCUCACUUUCUCUUUCUGUAAAUUGGAUCGAGCAGGUGCCAUCGAUUAGUCGAUAAUUCUUUGCAAGAACACCCGAGAGUAAAACAGGCACGUCCCUGAAAGUUUUCGAGUUGUCUAAAGUUCAAGGCGCUCAAAAGAUCAGUUUGUUUGUCCUAGUUCUACUAGAGAUCUCCUUGCAGCUUCACGCACAAACCCCAAGGCAUCUACUGCGGUGUAUCCGCGGAUACUCCAGAAAUUUGCCAGCAUUGAGAGGUACAAGGAACGAUUUUUAAGUGGCAGUAAAGGUUUGAGGAUUGUAAGUGUCUUUCCCUCUCAUUGAAGUGUUGCAGCUAUCUGUUAUCCAGAGCCCUGCACUAGAGCAGCAUUGAAAAAAUGAAUGGCGCUGAAAGACGAUUUAAUACAAAUGAAGAGGACGAAGAUGAUGAAGAAGAAUCUGGGAGAGGUCUUGAGGCGUGGGAGAGAACCUAUGCAGAUGAGAGGUCGUGGGAGUCUCUACAAGAGGAUGAAUCUGGACUCCUGCGCCCUAUUGACAACAAAACCCUCUACCAUGCUCAGUAUCGCCGGCGCCUCCGCACUACAUCUGCUGCCCGAAUUCAGAAGGGCCUGAUUCGCUAUCUUUAUGUUGUACUUGAUUUCUCCAAGGCAGCUACUGAAAUGGAUUAUAAACCAAGCAGAAUGGUUGUGGUUGCAAAACAAGUGGAGGCUUUUAUUAGAGAGUUCUUUGAUCAGAAUCCCUUGAGUCAGAUUGGCCUGGUAAUGUUGAAAGAUGGGGUUGCUCAUUGUUUAACAGAUCUUGGUGGCAGCCCAGAGGCUCACAUUAAAGCGGUGAUGGGUAAGUUGGAGUGCUCAGGUGAUGCUUCACUUCAGAAUGGGCUUGAACUUGUGCAUGAUCUUCUAAAUCAAAUCCCAUCAUAUGGUCAUCGUGAAGUUCUCAUUUUGUAUUCGGCUCUAAAUACUUGUGAUCCGGGGGAUAUAAUGGAAACAAUUCAGAAAUGCAAGAAAUCCAAGAUAAGAUGCUCAGUUAUUGGCCUCUCUGCUGAACUCUUUAUAUGCAAGCAUCUUUGCCAAGAAACUGGUGGAAUGUAUUAUGUUGCAUUGGAUGAGGCUCACAUAAAAGAAUUGGUACUGGAGCAUGCUCCGCCACCUCCAGCAAUAGCAGAAUUUGCAGUUGCAAAUUUGAUCAAGAUGGGUUUUCCCCAAAGAGCUGCAGAAGGUGCGAUUUCAAUCUGUUCUUGCCAUAAGGAGGCUAAAGUUGGUGGGGGCUACACUUGUCCAAGAUGCAAAGCACGUGUUUGUGAACUGCCUACUGAAUGCUGUAUUUGUGGUCUGACCCUUGUUUCUUCUCCCCAUUUGGCAAGGUCAUACCACCACCUAUUCCCUAUCACUCCUUUUGAUGAGGUGUCACCCUCUAUUAAAAACAAUUUGCAAAAGGUACCAAAGAAUUGUUUUGGCUGCCGGCAAAGUCUCUUAAACCCUGGCAACAUACCCGCCCCAUGUGUUGCUUGUCCAAAAUGCAAACAACACUUCUGUCUUGAUUGUGAGAUCUACAUUCAUGAAAGCUUACACAACUGUCCAGGCUGUGAGAGCUUCAAGAGUUCUGCAUCAGUCAGCAAUAUGCAAGAAUGAUGGGAGGGAAUUCAUAAAGCCCUUUCUUUCAACUAAAAGACUUCAAUCUCUGGUUUGUGCUCUAAAACAUAAGAGUGAUCAUUGCUAUUGCAUGCUUAAGGUGUCUAUCCUCUCCACACAAUUCCUUUCAUUGAGGGGGAUAAUUCUGCGUAAAACUAGUCAAGGGGGUAUUCAUUAGAUACAUAUAUGUGGAAAAUGUUAAAUCGCUUCAGUUUGAGCUUUCAGAGCUCUGUUAUAGACAAGAUUACAAAUUUUAAUUUGCUUUACACUUUCUACCAAUACUGUUGUGGGCAGAGUUUAGGUUCCAGGGAAUUUUUAUGAAACUGUUGCCAAGAGAAAA